GAUCCCAACCCCAUCCCCAUCCCCUGUUUCAGUUAAUUUCAGUUGCAUUCGCGCGUUCCGUUUUUCCACCUCCCGCCUCGCAAAUCAUUGCCCAUCAAUAAACCCUAUAAACACCAAUCCUCAUCAAAACUGCACAAAUCUCGAUUUCAACAAAUCCCAAAACCCCAUAACCAAGAAGGGAUCAAAAUAUAAAGCCCCCCAAAAAACCCACAAAUUUUCGCAUGGCAAUUCGUUUUCUUCCUUUGAUCGUUCUCGUUUCUGCUCUGAUCCCGACAUUAAAUGCCGGACACAACGAAGAGCUCGACCUAAUCGCGAGAACCUGCACUAAAGAGGUCGCCGAAAAUGGCAAGAGGUACGCGAAGAGCUACGAUUUGAUGCGAGAAGACAUGAACAAACACGUGCGAGUAGCCAUGGCUUACAAUCACACCUCCACGGCCAAUCCUCCCCAUAAGAUGUUCAUGCUCGCCGAAUGCCACGAUCAUCUCAGCGCCAAGAAAUGCCAAUCCUGCGUCCAUCGUAUGGGUUCCAAAUUGCGCGAUUGUUCGUCAAGAACAGGGGGUCGCGUUUAUCUCGACGGCUGUUUUCUGCGGGUGGAUAAUUACAGUUUCUUCGAAGAAAUCAUCUCUCCUUCGGAUUUGACGAGAUGCGGCAUUAGCAAAAAUUAUACAUUGGAAUUUGCAAAUGGAGCCAGGAAACUGAUUAAAGAUGUGGCAACUCAUGCACCACUUAACAAAAGUAGAUGGGAUUUUCGUAGCAUGGAAUACAAUGGUUCAUCUGUGCAUGGCAUGGCUAAAUGCUGGCAUACUUUAGACAAGAUCUCUUGUGCUAAAUGUUUGGAGAUAGCAGCAUCAUUGGCUUCCAAGUGUCUGCCGUCAACAGAGGGUCGUGUGCUUAAUGCCGGAUGCUUUCUGCAUUACUCUGAUUACCAACUUCUUGAUGUUAGUUCUGACCCUCCUGCAGAUAGUCCAUUUUCAUACAUCUACUAUGCACUCGGAGCUGUUGUAUUCUGUGCAUUGGCCUUUUCUAUGAUAUUUUUUGGCUGGAGAUUCAGGUUUUCUCACAGUAAAAUGAAUUGGUCAGGUGUGGAGAUGAACCUAUCAAUUUUAAGUAGAGGCUUGGAAUUCAAGUUCUCCACGCUAGAGAAGGCCACUGAGUACUUCAGUGAAACCCAUAAGCUUGGUCAGGGAGGAUAUGGUGAAGUUUUCAGGGGAGUCUUACAAGAUGGUAGAGAGAUUGCAGUAAAACGUUUAUUUGUAACGGGAAGAAGUCGUGGUCCAGAGGUUUACAAUGAACUGGACAUUAUUAGUAGUGCUCAACAUAAGAAUUUGGUUCGUUUUCUCGGCCGCUGCUUCACGGAUGAUGACAGCCUUCUUAUAUAUGAAUUCCUCCCAAACAAAAGCCUUGAUCUCAUCUUGUUUGAUCUGGAGAAGAAGAAAGAACUAGAUUGGAAGAAAAGGCUUGGAAUAAUACUUGGAACAGCUGAAGGUUUAGACUACCUUCACAAAGAAUGCCGAGUGAGGAUUAUUCACAGAGACAUAAAAGCAAGUAACAUCUUACUAGACUUGAGAUACAAGCCGAAAAUUUCAGAUUUCGGCUUAGCAAGGUUUCAUAUGCACGGCAAAACCGUUGUCAGCACCUCUGUUGCAGGCACACUAGGGUACAUGGCUCCUGAAUAUCUUGCCCAAGGACGAUUGACUGAAAAGGUAGAUGUCUACGCCUUUGGAGUUUUGAUACUCGAAAUUGUGAGUGGCGUGCCGAAUAAUGAUUUUGAGGAUGAGGAAUCCUUUGACACUCUCGUUACAACUACAUGGAAACACUUUCAGCUGAAGACAAUUUCAGAAAUUAUAGAUAAAAGCAUGAUGGAGAAUAGUGAAGACAUUGAAGAGAUCAAGAGAGUAGUUCAGGUGGGUCUAUUGUGUACUCAAGAGUCGCUGACUCUGCGUCCAAGCAUGUCGAUGGUAGUAGAAAUUCUUAAACAGAAGGAUAUGGAAUUGCCUGUUCCAUCUAAACCUCCUUUCACUGAUGUAACCAAGGCAGCCUCAAACUCUUCUUCUUCAUGUAUAUUGCACCACACUAAUGAUAGCCAUUUAUGAUUUUUCCCUU